CGGGUUGGGUUAUGAUUACAUGGAGCAAGAUCUAUUCCAACCAAACCUAGGUUAUACUUUAAAUAAAUGCUCUGAGUUACAUUCUAAGAUUAUGCUUCUGAUUAUACUCCAGGCUGUACUCCAAGUUGUGCUCCGAGUCAGGGAUGAUGAUUUUUUGCGGUGA